GGUGCCGUGCCGGUCCCGCUGCUGCCCAUGGCCUGUCGCGAUGCCAUUUCAUGGUACCAGAAGAAGAUCGGGGCCUACGACCAGCAGAUAUGGGAGAAGGCCGUGGAGCAGACCCAGAUGAAGGGCUUCAAGAACAAGCCGAAGAAAAAGGGGCACAUCCAGCCCGAUCUGAUCGACGUGGAUCUGAUCAGCGGCUCUACCUUUGCCAAAGCCAAGCCUGAAAUUCCCUGGACGUCACUGACGAGGAAGGGAAUUGUGAGAGUGGUGUUUUUCCCCUUGUUCAGCCAGUGGUGGAUACAGGUCACUUCCCAGCGUAUUUUUAUGUGGCUCUUGGUGCUCUAUGUUAUGCAAGUCGUAGCAGUGGUGCUGUACUUCAUGGUGCCUGUAGUAAGUGCCAGUGAAGUGAUGGGACCCCUGUGCCUUAUGCUGCUGCUGGGGACAGUUCACUGCCAGAUCGUGUCCACCCAGGUGAACAGACCUGCAGGGAACAACGGGCUGAGCCGGCGCCGCAGGAAGUUACGCAAGCCUGUGGGUGUUGAUGGGAACAGUUGGUCUCCUCCUGACAGAAGCAGCAGGGAAGAGCAGUCUGGCUCUGCAUCUCUGCUGACCAAUUUAUCCAGCCUGCUCUUCCAGAGGAGGAAUAGAAGAGUAAAGCUGGUAGCUGAGAAAGGGACUGAGACAGAAAGUGGUGUGAGUGCUGAGGGUGACAGCAUCAAAGUCAGACAGGCCAGAUCUGAACACAGGCUGCUGCACUGCAAAGAGAAAAGUAAACUUUCUGAUGGGGAGAAGAGCCAUCAGGAUGAUGGCACCAACAGGGGUGGUGUUUCUGACGAGCUGUCGAGCGAGGAGGAUGCUGAGGCCACGGCACAAAGGAUCCUGUUACACCGCAGCAUGGAAGGGGCUUCCAGUGACAACAGCUACGAGGAGAAGAGGAAGAGGCCUCUGUUUUCUCUCAACCAGGCUGUCUCACAGGUCAAGCAGGCCCUGAAAGGUGCCAGAGACUCUGACAGUGUUGUGGAGUCUGAACUGGAAUCCACAUUAUACAGGCAGGAGCCCAGGCCGUGCCUGGGCGCGGCGCCGCGCGGCUGCAGCGUGAGCCGGCGCGACUCGGAGAGCACGCGGCAGGACUCGGAGACCGAGGACAUGCUGUGGGACGACCUCCUGCACGGCCCCGAGUGCCGCUCGUCCGGCACCAGCGACAGCGAGGAGCGCUGCGCCAGGGACUGCCGCAGGGACCCCAAGGAGGAUGUCUUCCAGCAGAACCAUCUGUUUUGGCUGCAGAACACCAGCCCAGCAUCUGCCAAAGUGAGUGCUCUGAUCUGGGAAGGGAAUGACUGCAAGAAGGUGGACAUGUCUGUGCUGGAGAUCAGUGGCAUUAUCAUGAGCAGGGUUAAUGCCCACCAGCAAGGAGUGGGGUAUCAAAUGCUGGGAAACAUCAUCACCAUUGGAUUGGCCUUCCUGCCAUUCCUGUACAGACUGUUCCGCACGGAUAACCUGGAGCAGCUCUGCUCCAGUUCCCUGAUGGAGCUUCUGCACAUCUUCUGUGGAGCCCCUGCCAGCACCCCUGUGCUCAUCCUGUCUGCCAUCAACUUCCUGGAAAGGCUCUGCUUAACCUGGAUGUUUUUCUUCAUGAUGUGUGUUGCUGAGAGAACCUACAAACAGAGGUUUUUGUUUGCCAAGCUCUUCAGUCAUAUUACAUCUGCUCGGAAAGCCAGGAAAUAUGAAAUCCCUCACUUCAGGCUGAAGAAGGUGGAGAACAUCAAGAUCUGGUUAUCCCUUCGCUCCUACCUGAAGAGACGAGGUCCCCAGAGGUCUGUGGAUGUUGUGGUGUCUUCAGUCUUUUUACUGGCUCUUUCAAUUGCUUUUAUCUGCUGUGCCCAGGUUCUUAAGGGUCACAAAACCUUUCUGAGUGCAGCUUACAACUGGGAGUUCCUGAUGUGGGAGGCAGCACUGCUCCUCUUUCUGCUACGUCUGGCAUCUCUGGGCUCUGAGACCAACAAGAAAUACAGCAACAUUUCCAUCCUGCUCACUGAGCAGAUAAACUUGUACCUGAAGAUGGAGAAGAAGCCAAACAAGAAGGAGCAGCUGUCUCUGGUAAACAAUGUGCUGAAACUGUCCACAAAGCUGCUGAAGGAGCUGGAUAGUCCAUUCAGGCUGUAUGGACUGACCAUGAACCCACUGAUCUACAACAUCACACGGGUUGUCAUCCUCUCUGCUGUCUCAGGAGUGAUCAGUGACCUGCUGGGAUUCAAUAUCAGAUUAUGGAAAAUUAAACCAUGAGCUGGGAGAACAUCAACCUUGGGCAUCUCCACCAGACACCAGAGAAGAGAACCAGCAGUGUGGGCAGAAAGAAGAAAACUGACAGAAAUAUGUAAUUCCAAUUUUUAAACAGAUUCCCAGUGUAUGAAUCAGAAGUUUUCUUUCUGCUUUACUGCUCUCCAGAAUCUGGAAUGAACUGGUCUCAUCAGUGAUGUCAUCCCAUGGCAUGCACAGAGAAACUGGAUUAAUGGGGCCAAAUCCUGGCAGCUGGCACUGAACCAGCAGGAACUGGUGUGGGACAUCAGCCACUAAAGCCAUACAAGAGCUGCAGCUGGGGGGACACCAAUGCCUGUGACUGGUGUUCCUGUAAAACCU